CCGUGAAGCAUUUCCAAAAACCCCUUGGUCGUUACAAGGCCGGACAGGUCAAUUCGCAAACAAUUGAAGCUCGGACCAAUUCAAGUUCUGCAAUGCCAAACUUAUUACAUAGUACAAGCUCUGAUUUGUCGCAAUAACUUCAUUACCAGUUCUCACCAUUCUUAGCCGUUAUCCAAUUGCUCCGUUUUAUUCUAUUUUCUCCAUCUACCGUCCCCGUUGAUCAAUUCGUUUUCGCGACGUGAAUCCAGUCCUCGUACACGUUUCCUUCUACCCAAAUCCCAAAAAUGCCACCUGCUAUCAGCGAUGACGAAGCCUCCGAUGUUGGCGAAGUGACGGUCCCCUUGCUUUCAACACGCGAAAAGAAGAGCUCCGCUAGCUCACAAGAACGCGACAGUAAUGAGAUGCGUGGUGUUGUGAAAGGCGAUAUAGCAAAUGGCGAUGGCGCCGGCGACGAUGGAGAAGAAGACAAUGAAAAUCUAGACGAGGAUGAGUUCAUCGUCGAGAAAAUCCUCUCCCACGUUGUCGAACCCGAUGGCACAGUUAAAUUUAAGGUCAAAUGGGAAGGUUAUGAGAAGAAGUCGGAUCAGACAUGGGAAGACCAUGAGAACCUCAAAGAAAACGCCUCCGACGUCCUAGACGAGUACCUCAGUAGCUUUGGUGGGCUGGAAAAGAUCCUUGAAGAGGGAAAAACUGCACUGAAGACGAAGAAACGCGGGCGACCUGCGUCAGGAACUCCCAGUAACGGUACAAAACGGCGGCGCAAUGGAAGCCAUCCCGCCUCGGAGACACCUCCGGCUAGCAGCCGAGCCUGGAAGCCACCAGUAGGUUCUUGGGAAGACGAAGUCGAGUCUAUCGACGCUUGCCACGACGAAGUUAAGGGCAAAUUGGUCGUAUACCUUACGUGGAAGAACGGAAACAAAACCCAGCAUGAUACCAAGGUCGUGUACAAGCGAUGCCCGCAAAAGAUGCUACAAUAUUACGAACAACGUGUCAAAAUCGUCAGGGCAGAUUCCGGGGUAAAUGAUGAAUAACAGGUAUCCAUAGUACGAAUAUGUCAGUCGGAUAAGCAGCAGUUGGCGCGCCUCGGUCUAAGAGGAACUUAUAAGUGAUCGGAAUAAGGAGGUCAGAUGAGGGCUGGGAUGAUACCCAAGCACUAACAUCAAGAACACCCAGGUUCUUAUAUGAGAACUUCUGGUCUGUACAAUCGAAUAGUCCGAUAGCUAUUAGCUAUAAGGAGUAAGAUAUCAAAGGUACCACCAAUAUUAUUAUACAUUAGGUAGAUUUAUUAGCAGAAGAAGCAAUGGCGAGUACGGCGUCGUAAUUUGGAUAAUUACCGAACAAUCUUAAAAGAGUUCUCGUUUUUUUUCUCGUUCCUGUUGAUUGUCUGUCUGUUGAAUGCAUUUGCAGCUAUACUCUCUUAUAAAUUUUAAUAUCAGCAUGGUCUUAUAUUCAUUCUCUCCCUCUCUCAAGUUUCAACCUCUGGCAGACAGGAACGCAUUAUCAAAAAGGGGUAUGUAUACGGAAUAGUGAUGGUGAAAUCAAUUUGGUUAUGUAUGUGCUGUACAUACACGUAUCACGUACCCAAUAUACACACGAUCUAACGCGUGGGAAAAGAGGGCUAACCUACAUGUCUGAGGUACAUACAUAGUACCCAGGCUGCUAGGUAAACGGCAGGACGGAUGAAGG